AUGUUCCAGCUCUGCAUCCCCUCAUGGGUCGCCUUCACUGGAAACAGCACGCUCCUCGUCGGCGACGACGCAAGGAACCACGCCGCUGUUAACCCAGGAUCUGCCAUCUUCGGCUUCAAGAGUCUCCUCGGAAAAAGAUGGAACCACUGGUAUGACACAGAGGUUGUGCAGAGAGUGAUCAACACCGUGCCAUACAAGCUCGUGGAGAAGAACUCAAACCCUCACAUACAAGUGAAGCUCAAUGGUGGCGCGGCCAAGGAGUACGGCGCCGAGCAGAUCACUGCCAUGAUUAUCGGCAAGCUGAUGGAGGCAGCCGAGGGGUACAUCGGCCGCGAUGUCCGCUACGCCAUCUUCACCGUCCCGCAGCACUACAACCAGGCGCCGACGGAGUCCACGUGCUAUGCUGGCCAUAUCGCCGGCGUGCGUGCCACGAGGAUGCUCGACGAGCCCAUCGCGGCCGCUGUCGCUUACGGCCUCCACCAGAAGCUCCGCGAAGAGGGCAACCCCCUCGUCGUCCACGUAGGCGGCCGCACAGCUGAGGCGAGCGUCCUGACGCUGGUGGACGGCGUGUUCCAGUUCUACUCGGCGCGCCACGACCCGUUCCUCGGAGGAGACGACUUCGAUCAGAGGAUCCUGGACCACUUCGUCGAACUGAUCAAGCAGAAGCACAGCAAGGACAUUAGCAACGACAAGGAAGCACACGGAAAGCUCAGAACAGCGUGCGAGCAGGCCAAGAAGGUGUUGAGCACUCGACGCCACGCGCAGCUCGCCAUCGAAUCACUCGUGGACGGCCUCGAUUUCAUGGAGACGCUGACCCGGGCCAAGUUUGAGGAGCUGAACCACGAUCUGUUCCUCAAAGUCAUAGCCUUGUUGGACAGGGCCAUGGUGGAGGCUGAGCUGGAGAAGAAGAGGAACAUGGUUGAUGAGAUCCUUCUCAUCGGCGGGAGCACCAUGAUCCCCAAGAUUCAGAGGCUCGUCAGGAACUAUUUUGACGGGAAGGAGGUAAAUGCGAGUCUGAAGCCUGACGAAGUGGUCACCCUUGGAGCUGCUGCCCUGCUUACCCAUCCCUCGGCAGAUGGAUAGAGGAGUUGGCAUCUCCGAUUCUCCGUCUGGUAUGUCUCAAAUUUGUGUUA